AUGAGCAUCCCGCCGGAAAAUGCCUCUCUGCGGCCCGACGCCGAGGGCGAGCCUGCGCCAGCCCCUAUGGAGUCUCAAAUCCCAAACAAUAAUUACAGCGUCGACGACGAUGGGACUGAAAAUCAAGAACGAGAAUCCAAGAGACGAAAGACCGAGCCAUCGGCCCCAGUGCCGAUCUUGACAAACAUCCGCAACCGGAUAUGCGCCAAGUUCGGCGUCGAGAUGGGCGACAAUGUCCGAGAGACACUUAGUACUAUGUGCGAAGCGAUACAGAGUCGUGAGGACCUUCAAGACGAGCAGACCAUCUGCUCCGCCCUCGAGUUCCUCAGCCAGACCCUGUGUGCCAUCGACCACACAGCAACCCUUGCCGACCCCCACGACAACAGCUCCCCCAUAAUGUGCAAACCCUGCAAGACAUUUGACACAACAUAUACACCAUCUCGACACAAGGAGAAGGAGAGGGGGGACGCUGCGUGUGCGUUUCAGCUGUUCCUGAACAUUAUCACGACACUCGUUCCAACGACUGGCCCGCUCACUGUACGAGCCUUGAUACUUCUUCGGCGCAUAGUUCUCCAUGCCAACACGGACGACAUUCUCGACUACGAGCAGUCGGAUCUCUGCAAGUGGUGCUCGGCCCAGCUUUACAGCCCUGACAAAGCCGUCCGGGACCAAGCAGCAAAAUCCGUCAGCGUGUUUGUGCGCGACCGGACAGAUGCGUCCAUGUGCGUAAUGGAGAAGAACCGGCGGCGUUUCUACAGCGGGCUAGACCACAUGCUGGCCUCGGGCGACUGUAUCAUGCAGGAAACAAGCUCGUUGACCUGGAUGUACAUGGCAAUGGCCGUUGCCGAAAACCAGCUGAGGCCCAUGCUGUGUGGACUGCUGGCCCAUCUAGACAGCGAACACAUGCCGGUCUGGAAUAUGGCCAUCUUAGAAAUCCGCCAUCUAGCGAGCCACUUUGGCCGGACUCCAAACGAGAUCUUCGAGCCGUAUUGGCGCAAAACGGCACAUUUAAUUGUCAAGCACAUAGCCGAUCGGCCGGAUGUUGCCAGUGCCAUUGCCAACCUCUUUGGCACGACCGCUCCAAAGCUGGCACUGCACCUGCAGUCCCAAGCUAUCCCUUCGCUGCUCUUCAACCACCAGACGGCUGCCAUCCGAAAAAUUUCCGAGUACCGUGGUGACGGUGACGAGCUGUGGCUCACUUUCAUGGAUAAGAGCAAUCUGACAUCCAUCUUGGCCAUGUGGGUUCGACUUCCGGCCGAGUUCGGCGCUCUGGACGAUCUAAUGGAACGCUUCCAGACAUUUUCUCCCCAACUUGGCCUGGCCACCAUCCGCGACGUUAUGGGCGCCGCCGCUGUUCCUGUCCUGGCCGAGCUUUUCAUCCAUCUCACCUACGAAUCUACACCCUCAUCCGUCCGUUUUCCAAGCAUCGUUGAAGGAAUCGGCUUUAAGCCCAUCCUCACCAUUGCGCGACUAUUGAACACCAACACCAGCCUGCAAGCAGACGACGAGAUCGUCAUUGGCUUUCUGUCGCAACACGUUCUCGGCUUUACCACACGUCUUUCCGAUGUCCGCGUCUACGACGGCAAGAGGCAUCUGUGCCAUUGGGUUAACGGUAUCGAGGCGCUCGAAAUUCUCAUCAAAUACCUUCGGUCAGAAAUUCGAGUUGCCCGUCCACAAGUCAUUGCAUUUCUCCUGGACGCUCUUGGUGACCACCCUGGCUACGCGGCCUGCUGGCAAGCCAGUGUACGGCGGGCAGCCAUCUCGUGCUGGGCGGCGCUGGUGCAGAACGUCGGCGAAGAGAAUGUGCACACGCUGGUCGAGACGACUUUUUGUGUUAUUCGGAAAAAUUGGAGCCAGUUUGGUGAUUGGGAAAAGGAAAAAUGCCAGGACUUGCUGCAGUGGCUGCUAGCUAAGCCCAAUGGCCGCCACCGGGACUGCAUUGUCGAGAAGAUCGACGUGCUUCCGCGUCUCAACAUCCCCGAACUCCAAAGAGCUGUCGACAACAAAACGGACAAGCUGCGGAAGCCGCUCGGUGGCAUGCAGACCAUCGACCUGUUUGCACAGCGCAUCACGCACGAGAAUUUAGACGUCGUCUGGGUCGCCCUGGAAGAUGCAAAGGAAUUCCUGCAACACAACCAGGAUUCCUUGCAAGCGCCCACGCAGGGCGAAAAGUCUGACUCGGCCGUUGCUCACUUCGUUCGCGCGCUUCUCGACUGUUCUGCAAAAUACAACGUGUCAGAGCCGGCUUUGGCAUCAGCGUGCAUGGCUUGCAUUGGCUUCAUCGGCUGCCUGGACGCGAACCGGCUCGGUGCCGUUGCCAAGGAUCCGCCAUUCGUGGUGAUCUACAAUUUCUCCAAUCUGGAAGAGAGCAUCGACUUUGUUAUUUACAUGCUGCAGCAUGUCCUAACGCGCGCCUUUCUUUCUGCAACAAACUCGACAAGCCAAGGGCUGAUUGCGUAUGCUGUGCAGACCCUGUUGACCAAGUGCGGGAUCAACAAUGCCAUCUUCAGUCAAGGCCGCGAGCUAAAGUCCACGUACGAGAAGUGGAAAGCGCUUCCUGAGCUGGUGCAGGUUGUCCUUUCCCCUCUCCUUGUCUCCAAGUACCACAUUGCGUUGCCCGCGCGUGUUCUGAUCCGAUACCCCAUCUUCUGGCCUGGCCGGACCUAUGGCGACUGGCUGAGGACUUUCGUGGUCGACCUCCUGGCCAAGCCGCAAACCCAGUUUGCUGAGAUUCUGCACGAAUCGCUGUCGCGCACGGCAAGGGGCAAUGACCUGGCAGUAGCCGAGUUCUUGCUUCCGUACAUGGUCGUCCACGUUGUGACCGGCCUGCGCAGUACCGAUGAAGACCGCGAGCAAAUCACGCUCGAACUCCAACACAUUUCGCAGUAUCAGCCACCUGACGAAGCGCCGUCCGCCGAUCGAGAGCAGGCAAAGUUGUUUUACGAUGCCGUUUUCCGUGUGAUCGAGUACGCCCUCGUCUGGCUGCGUAGCUCCAUCCAUCACGAAAAGCCAACUGGCGUCGCGCACAUGGAAAAGUUUAUUGGUGCUUUCCCAGCGGAAGUCCUUUCCCAAAAGGCAUUAUAUUGCAAGGACUAUGCGCGGGCCAUGUUCUUCCUCGAGCCUGUGGCAAUGGCCACCGUACCCGAAGAAGACGCCGAAGAAACGGCACGGCGGGACAAGGCGGAAUCCGACAUGAUCGACAUCUACGCGCAGAUCGAUGACCCUGACUACCUGGGCGGCAUGAUGUCCAAAGCCGGCAGUAUUGUGGAGAUGAACACGUAUCGAAAGGCCUUGCUCGAGCAGAAGGCCGGUCGAUGGGAAUCGGCAACGACGUGGCACCUUUCUGAUCUGAGCUCGGAGCCAGAUAAUGUCGACAUCCAGGCCCGCGUUCUCAAGUGCUUUUUGGAAGCUGGCCAUCAUGACGCUCUUUUGGCGAGAGUGGAUGGCAUGAAUUUGUCGGAGGCACCUGCUGGCACGGUCAGCAAAGUGCUUCCCCUGGCCCUUGAGGCAUCUUGGGCCACCUUCCAGUGGGACAAGCUCGGCACCAUGGUGCCAAUUUACAAGGGCGACACGUUUGACAUUUUCAACGUAGGCGUGGCCAGUGCACUGUCGCAUCUGCAGCAGCUGAACAUGACUGAAUUCGACAGCGCCCUAAACAAAAUUGUCGAUCGCAUCGCCGCAUCCAUGUCAUAUUCAACAACCACGUCGCUGCAAGCAUGCCACGAAGCCAUGUUCCGUGCCCAUGUGGUCACUGAUCUUCGCCUGAUCAGUUCGGUAACCAAGGCCGAGGCAGACGUUAUGGAGCGACGGUCCAGCGCCCAGGGCCCCAAAAAGACAAGCGCCGCCCUCGCCACCCUCAUUCAGCGACUGGAUUUGCUCGAAGAUGUCAGCGACAAGCGGUAUCUGCUGGCGCUGCAGCGAGCGGCCAUGGAGUCGCUGCGGCCCAUAUAUGGCGACAAGGAAAUCUCAACGCUGUGGCUCCUGAGUGCACGACUUGCGCGAAAGACCGGCUCGAACGGCGAGUGUCUCAAAGCCAUUGCGCAUGCGCGACAGCUCGGCGACCCGGCGGCCGAAGUGGAGAACGCUCGACGACAGUGGGCGUGGGGCGGUAAGCACCAGGCCAUUGCGGACCUUCGAUUGGCCAUCAGUCGCGGCCUUCCUAGCAACGAGGGCGACAGCGGCGGCAGCGGCGUCGCGAGCGAGCCAGGAACCGGGUCGUUUGGGCAGAAGUGGUCGAUACACGAGGCGGCGCCGCUCGCUGCACGGGCGGGUCUGCUGUUGACGCGGUGGCUGGAUGCGAGCGGCGAAACGUCGCGGCCGGUUCUGCGCGAGAGCUACAAGGAGCUGUCGAGCAAGUACAACGAGUGGGAGAAGAGCCACUACUUCUUGGGGCGGCAUUACAAGAAAGUGCUCGAAUCUGAACAGGCGCUCAAGCCGGACGAACAGAGCGACUCGUUCUUGAUGGGGGAGCUCGCGCGCCUCGAGAUCGAAAGCUACCUACGCGCGGCACGGCUAGGCACCAAGUACCUGCACACGACACUCCCCCGGUUUCUGACAGUGUGGCUCGGGCUCGGGUCGCAGAUUCACAAGGCACCAGACGGCAAAGCGGCGGUGGCGGAGGACCUCGUCCAGCGGCGUACGGAAGUGCUGAUGGGUCUGCACCGACGGCUGCUGCGACAGGUUCAGCGACUGCCACCGUUUAUCUUUUACACGGCGCUUCCGCAGCUGGUUGCGCGUAUCAACCACCCGAACAGGGAGGUGUGCUUUGUGCUAGACCAAAUCAUCACCAAGGUGGUGCAGGCAUACCCGCAGCAAGCAUCGUGGAGUGUAUUUGGGGUGAUGACGACACGGCCCAAGGACCACCCGAUAAAGAAGCCGGCGGCGCGACUGAUCAAGGCGCUAACGGCGCAGCCGGGGGCAACGGCGAGCCUGAAGCAUAUACUGCGGGCGGGCAUCACCCUGGCGGAUGACCUGGUCAAAGUCGGACGCAAAGGCAACUACCGGGCGAACAGCGCGACCAAGGCUGCCAGCCUGCAGCGUGACAUGAACUUCCGCAUGAACGACCCGAUUGACCUGGUGGUGCCGAUUGCGCGGUGUCUGACGGCGACGAUGCCAGGGCGGAUUGCAGACUCGAGCACCGCGGGCGGCGCAUCGGGGGUGUCGUCGCCGGCAGUGGUAGCAACGGCAAAUUCGACCGGGGAGGUCAGCAACAGCGCGACGGCGAUGGCGCUGCUGACGCACAAUGCGUUUUCGUCGGAUGUGAUUACAAUCCAUGCGUUCAUGGACGAGGUGCUGAUCCUGGGGUCGCUGGCGCAGCCGCGCAAGCUGACGAUCCGGGGCUCGGACGGCCGUCUCUACGACAUUAUGCUGAAGCCCAAGGACGAUAUGCGAACAGACCAGCGGAUCAUGGAGGUCAACGCGCAAAUCAACCAGGCGCUACGCAAGGACACAGAGGCGACGCGGCGGCAGCUGUCGAUACGGACGUACGCCGUGACGCCACUCAACGAGGACUGCGGCAUCAUCGAAUGGGUACUUGGUCUCAAGACACUACGCGAAAUCUUGCGGCCGUACUACGACUUGCGGCGGUCGCAGGUGCAGCCGCGGCCGCCGGAGCCACUCGAGAUCCAAAAGAUGCUGACGGACGCGGGCACGCCACGACAACGAGUGCACGUGUUUACGGCGACGGUGCUCCCUGCGUUCCCACCGGUCUUGCAAGAGUGGUUCAUGCGGCGGUUCCCGUAUCCCGCCGUGUGGUUCACGGCGCGGCUGCAGUUUACACGGUCUGCGGCCGUGAUGUCGAUGGCAGGGGCGGUGCUGGGACUGGGCGACCGGCAUUGCGAAAACGUGCUGGUGGACCAGGACAGCGGCGGGGUGAUGCACGUGGACUUCAACUGCCUGUUUGAAAAGGGCAAGCUGUUCACGCAGCCGGAGACAGUGCCGUUCCGGCUGACGCAGAACAUGCGGGCGGCGAUGGGCAUCUGUGACGACCGAGGCCCGUUCCGACGGUCGUGCGAGCUGACGCUGCAGAUGAUGCGCGAGCAGGAAGAGACGCUGCUGGCGGUGCUGGAAGCGUUCAUCCACGACCCGACGCUGGACCUGCAGGCAGACCCGCGGGGCGGCCACCAGCACCAUGCGGCAGCACGAGCAAAGCCGCCGCCGGUGGUCAAGCUGGACCCGCAGAGCGUGGUGAAGAACAUCAAGCGGCGGAUUAAUGGGCUGCUGUUGGAGGAGACGAUACCCCUGGGCGUGGAGGGCCAGGCGCGGGAGCUGAUCAAGCAGGCGACGGAGGCGACGAACCUGUCGGCGAUGUACAUUGGUUGGGCGCCACACUGGUAG